AUGUCUGAUAUAAUAUCUGAAAAUAUAUCUAAAAAUAUUUUUAAAAAAAAUAAAAGAGGUCAUAAAGAAUCUUGUGUUUGGGAUCAUUUUAAUAAAGAAUCUAUAGAAGAUUUUGCUAAAGCUGUUUUUAAAAAAUGUCAAAUAUUAAUAUCAUUUUUUAAAAAUUCUUAUCAUGCUGGUGUUACUCUUCAAGAAGAUAUUAUUAAUUCUUUUAUAAAAGAUGGAGGAUUAAAAACUUCAGUAAAAACAAGGUGGUCUACUGCUUGGGAUUGUUGUAAUUCAAUUAUUAGAUUAAAAAAUAGUCUUAAAAAUGUUUUCAAAAAUCAGUCUGAAAUCUUUCAAGAUGCUUUAAAUAUUAAAAAUAUUCUUCGAAAUCAACAAUUUUGUAUGAAAAUUUGGAAAAAUUUUGGUAAAAAUACAAAUAGUUGUAAAAUUUUAUUAAUCCAAUUUAGAAAAUAUUCCGAAAAAACUGAACCAUAUAAUAUGGAAUAUAUUGAAAAUCAUGAUACACCUGAAAUUUGGUGGACAACUUGUAAACAAUCAGAUAAUUAUAUACAAAAAUUAGCAUUAAAAAUGUUUGUUAUUGUUCCUUAUCAAGCUGCUUGUGAAAGA